AUAUUUGUUUUAUUUAAAUAUAUAAGAAAAAUAAAAACAAAACCCCAAAGCCCCAAACUGAAACUCCUCUUUCUUCACUAGUCACUCCUUCUCCCGCGCGCAGUGAAGUCGUUCAAAGGGGAACGCUUCAUAUCUCGAAAUCGAACGUUGCUUUCCAAGCCCUCGUCGAAUCAUCAUGUAUGGAGGAGAUGAAGUAUCGGCAAUAGUCGUCGACUUGGGUUCCCAUACCUGCAAAGCUGGUUACGCUGGCGAAGAUGCGCCAAAAGCUGUUUUCCCAUCUGUUGUCGGGUCAAUUGAUGGAAUGGAAAUUGAUGAUGCUGACAAUGCAAACGUGAACUCAGAAUCCACCCCAGAACCUAAAUCAAAGGGCAAGAGCAAAUUUUAUGUAGGAUCACAAGACUUGGGCUAUCGCAGGGAUCAUAUGGAGGUACUAUCACCUAUGAAGGAUGGAGUAGUCGUUGACUGGGAUAUGGUUGAAAACAUAUGGGACCAUGCUCUGAGGAAAUGCCUGUUGAUUGAUCCAAAGGAACAUCCAAUGCUCUUUGCCGAGUCAUGUUCUAAUUCUCAACAACAGAGGGAAAAGACUGCUGAGAUUAUGUUUGAAAAAUAUCAAGUUCCUGCAUUAUUUUUGGCCAAAAAUGCUGUUCUUACUUCUUUUGCAUCAGGACGUGCCACCUCUUUAGUUGUUGACUGUGGUGGAGGAUCUACUACUGUGGCUCCAGUACAGGAUGGUUAUGUUCUUCAGAAGGCUGUAUCAACAUCUCCCAUUGGAGGAGAUUUCCUUACUGAUUGCUUGUUAAAAAGCCUGGAAAGCAAAGGACUUCCUAUAAAACCUCGUUAUGCAUUCAAAAGAAAGGAAGUUCGUCCGGGAGAAUUCCAGAUUGUGGACCUUGACCUCCCCAACACUACAGAAAGUUACAAACUUUAUUCGCAGCGGGUGAUUGUUAGUGAUAUUAAAGAAUGCGUUUGUCGAGCACCGGACACUCCAUAUGAUGAUACAUCGUACUCCAAUAUCCCAAUGACACCUUAUGAGCUUCCUGACGGACAAACAAUUGAGAUUGGUGCUGACAGGUUCAAGAUUCCUGAUAUAUUGUUUAAUCCAUCUUUAGCUCUGACUAUACCUGGUAUGGAAAAUUCUAUAGAGACAACUUCAUCUGCCCAUGGUCUACCACAAAUGGUUAUUGAGAGCAUAAGCAAGUGUGAUGUUGACAUCCGCAGAGAACUUUAUAGCAGCAUAUUGCUUUCUGGUGGAACAGCAUCAAUGCAACAGCUGAAAGAACGUCUUGAGAAAGAUUUACUGGAGGAAUCUCCUCAAGCGGCUAGGGUGAAAGUUCUAGCAAGUGGAAAUGCAACAGAAAGGAGAUUCAGUGUUUGGAUAGGUGGCAGUAUAUUGGCAUCACUUGGUUCCUUUCAGCAGAUGUGGUUCUCCAAGUCCGAGUUCGAAGAGCACGGAGCUUCGUAUAUUCAGCGGAAAUGCCCUUGAAAUGCAUUGCUUCUUAAUCAAUUAGCCUUUAGACAAUUUGACUGGUAGCAUGGACCCUAUCUCUGCAUCAUUCGCUAGUACUCUGUGCUUCAAGAAUAGUACCCGGCUUAACCCAGAGAUUUGUAUGCAUUUAUUCGAGUUUCUACAUUAUUCGGUUAGUUGUAGAGAUGUGUAUCUAACAUCCCUAGUUGAACUUGCAAUUCAUGUUGAUAUUGGUAUGGACGAAUAUUAUACACUUGUUACGAACUCGAAGAUUAAUAUCCUUGAGGUU